UUUGAAAUUUGAAGUUGCAUGGUAAUAUAAGAAGUAGAGUUCUCUGUAGCAACAUAAUUAAGCCCCAUAGUCCACCUCCUGCUUUCUUCUUAAAACCCACGUUCUUCUUCCUCCUCUUUGCUCCCUUUGGUUAAUUUCUGGGCGUUCUGCUACCAGAAAGUGAUGGGAGACCAUUUUGUGUUACUGGUGGACCGUCUGCUCACUGAGUCAACCCUGGAAGCUGCCAUUGAAGGUAUGAAGCAUGGAUCAAGCAUACCAUUGCCGGCCCUCGAAGCCGACUAUUCUCCGACAAAGAAAAUUAUUGGAGACGGGGUGUUCACCGGUGAGACGGUCGAAUGCCGUAUCUGUGGAGAUGAGGAUGAAGAUAUCCACAUGGAGGUUCCAUGUUCCUGUUGCGGAAGCUUGAAGUUUGCUCAUCGAAAGUGUGUGCAGAAGUGGUGUAACGAGAAGGGUGACACAACUUGUGAGAUAUGCCUACAGCCAGGAUAUACUGCACCUCCCAAGUUAUUUCUUUACGGGACUAGGCCGAUGCAUUUCAGGGGCAACUGGGAGGUCUCAAGUCAGAAUAUUCACAACCAACAAUAUUUUACGAUGACACAAACUGAUCAUGUUUUCUCGAGACCUAACUAUGGUGGCACAGCUUUAAGUGAUAGAAAUAUUACUUAUUGCCGCAUAGCCGCUACAAUGGUCAUGAUUAUUUUGAUUCUAUGGCAUUUCAUCUCUUUUAUUACUAAUGGAGUUGAAGAAUGCUCGGUCUUGCUUUUCACACUGUUGUUAUUGAGGGUCGUUGGGGUUGUUCUACCUCUCUAUGUUACGCUGAGAGCAGUGUCGAUAUUUUAUCAACGCAAACAGCAGGCAAUGCACAUCUCGGUUGGCUGAUCUUUCCACCAAAAUGAUCAAGACUGUGAGUAAACAUACUCUUAUACUCUUUUGUUGACACUUAAAAUCUUCCGAGCAUGAGUUCGCAGUGCACUCCAAGUAGGCGAUGAAGCGAAGUAGUCAAUCAUCUUUUCUCCAAUUCCUAAUAUUGUUGAAUGGAAAGUUCUUAUAUAAUUUUAUGAUUUAUCUCUCUUCAUAUAACUUAUAGAUAGAC